AUGAAACGAGUUUUUAUGUUGAAUUGCUUUGCAAUCCCGAUAUGCCCUUAUAGCACACAAUGUAAUAGCGUCGCAUUAUGGCAAAUUAAUUUUGACUUUAACAUAUUUUUUGUAGGAUAUAUGUAA